UCAGCCCUCGCUGGCAGAGAUCCAAUCAGGAAGGACCUGAGAGAGCUCUUCUGAAUAGUGGGCGAGCGCGCGUGACGUAGCGGCCGAAGACUGGCUGUGGCAGCACAAGGCGGGGCCCGCCUCGGGCGGCGGCCAGCGCGGCCGGGGCGGCUCAGUGCUAGCCGGGGAGAGUAGAACCCGGAGCAGGAUCCCAUCCGAGCGUGGACUGGCGGCAGGAUGUUCAGCUGGAUGGGGCGGCAGGCGGGCGGGCGCGAACGCGCUGGCGGCGCGGACGCGGUGCAGACGGUGACGGGCGGGCUGCGCUCGCUCUACCUGCGCAAGGUGCUGCCGCUGGAGGAGGCGUACCGCUUCCACGAGUUCCACUCGCCUGCGCUGGAGGACGCCGACUUCGAGAACAAGCCCAUGAUCCUGCUGGUGGGCCAGUACAGCACCGGCAAGACCACCUUCAUCAGAUACCUACUGGAGCAGGAUUUCCCAGGCAUGAGGAUUGGUCCGGAGCCCACCACAGACUCCUUCAUCGCCGUGAUGUAUGGAGAGACUGAGGGCAGCACCCCAGGGAAUGCUUUAGUCGUGGACCCCAAAAAGCCGUUUAGAAAGCUCAGUCGCUUUGGAAACGCUUUCCUGAAUCGAUUCAUGUGCUCACAGCUCCCCAAUCAGGUCCUGAAGAGCAUCAGCAUCAUCGACAGCCCCGGCAUCCUUUCUGGGGAGAAGCAGCGCAUCAGCCGAGGCUAUGACUUCUGCCAGGUCCUGCAGUGGUUUGCCGAGAGGGUGGACAGGAUCAUCCUGCUCUUUGACGCUCACAAGCUGGACAUCUCAGAUGAAUUCUCAGAGGCCAUCAAGGCCUUCCGGGGCCAGGACGACAAGAUCCGUGUCGUGCUGAACAAGGCCGACCAAGUGGACACGCAGCAGCUGAUGCGGGUCUACGGGGCCCUCAUGUGGUCCCUAGGCAAGGUCAUCAACACGCCCGAGGUACUGCGCGUCUACAUUGGCUCCUUCUGGGCGCAGCCCCUGCAGAACACGGACAACCGCCGGCUCUUCGAGGCUGAGGCCCAGGACCUCUUCAGAGACAUCCAGAGCCUCCCCCAGAAGGCAGCGGUGCGCAAGCUCAACGACCUCAUCAAGCGAGCGAGGCUGGCCAAGGUGCAUGCCUACAUCAUCAGCUACCUGAAGAAGGAGAUGCCAAGUGUAUUUGGAAAGGAAAACAAGAAGAGAGAGCUUAUCAGCAGGCUACCAGAAAUCUACAUUCAGCUACAGCGAGAAUACCAGAUUUCUGCAGGGGACUUCCCUGAGGUCAAGGCUAUGCAGGAACAGCUUGAGAACUAUGACUUCACCAAAUUCCACUCGCUGAAGCCCAAGCUGAUCGAGGCAGUGGACAACAUGCUGAGCAACAAGAUCUCGCCCCUCAUGAACCUCAUCAGCCAGGAGGAGACGAGCACGCCCACGCAGCUGGUGCAGGGCGGCGCCUUCGAUGGCACCACCGAGGGCCCCUUCAACCAGGGCUACGGGGAGGGUGCCAAGGAGGGCGCCGACGAGGAGGAGUGGGUCGUGGCCAAAGACAAGCCCGUCUACGACGAGCUCUUCUACACUCUGUCGCCCAUCAAUGGCAAGAUAUCAGGUGUCAACGCCAAGAAGGAGAUGGUGACCUCCAAGCUGCCCAACAGCGUCCUGGGCAAGAUCUGGAAGCUGGCCGACUGCGACUGCGACGGCAUGCUUGAUGAGGAGGAGUUCGCGCUGGCCAAGCACCUCAUCAAGAUCAAGCUCGACGGCUACGAGCUGCCCAGCAGCCUGCCCCCCCACCUCGUGCCCCCCUCGCACAGGAAGUCCCUGCCCAAGGCCGACUGAGGGGUGGGCCGCAGAACGGGGCGGGAACUGGGGGACCUGGGCCUCAGGCCUGCUCCACCACUGACUCACCGAAUGACCUUGGGCAAGGCACUGCCCUCUCUGUGCCUUGGUUUCCCCAUCUGUAGAAUGGGGAGGGUGGACACUGGAAACUAGAUGACUUCUUUCACCUCCAAAAUUCCCUUAGUUUCUAUGAACAUAUUGGGGGUAGGGGGGUGGAUUAGGAGAUUGAAGGGUUGAGAAGAAAGAGAAAUUGUCCAAAGAGUCCUCAGAACCUGCCUGGAGAAAUGCGCAUGGGUGUGGGCCUGGUAAGUCCCAGGAACCACAGGAAGUGAGCUAAGGCUCACCCAGAGCAGCUGGGUCUCCAGGCUGCCUGGGCUUUUUGUCCUCAUGAACAACUCUGGAGCAGCUGUCUGUCCCUCAGAGGGCACCUGGAGGCAGCAAAGAUUAUCUUAUUUAUUUUAUUUUGUUUUCUGCUAUAUUUAGAGUGGCAAAAAAAUAGAGCAGAGGGUUUCUGCUGUCUCCAGACUGUCUACCAAAGAGAAGGCGACAGAUGCCUCCUGGGUUUGGAAGGGGGAUGCACUGUGGAUCUGCCAUCCAUUCUGCAGUCUCCAGCAGAGCAGGCAGUCAGGCCCCAGCGUGCCUCCAUCCCAGUGCCCCAAUGACCAUCUGGUCAGCCCUCCCAACCUCCCCUCCAGGGGGCUUACCAGCAAAGCCAUAUUCGGCUAGGAAUUUGGAAUUCACAACCUUUAUUAACCCCUGGCAAAACUUCCCGUUUGCAUGUCAAAUCACAUUGAAGCCUGAAGAUUAGCUUUUCUUACUGGUUUUUCCAAUAAGUAAUAGCAAAGCCCACUUAUCAUACUUAAACUACAGUAAAGAAAAGAGGUGGUUCUCUGCAGUGAUUGUUUAGUGUGGCCCUCAAACAUUAAAUAUCCCCAGGUCUCCUUGGUGGGUGGCAGGAUUUAAAUUCAAUCAAAUCCUGUCCUAGUGUGUGCAGUGUCUUCGGCCCUGUGGACACAGGUGAAUGAGGGACCAGCCCUGCCCUGGGCUGUUGAGAAGAGAUCAGUCCACCCAGAGUUAGACAUUGUUUUUGUAGAAAACAGGCAUUUAUUAUGUCUAGGGUUUUUUUUUUUUUUCCUUACAGGAUAAAAGCCUUUAUACAGAAACAAAAUGGAAACUUUCAUAUAAAACCUUUUCUUUAAA